AUGGAAACCAAUGGGAAGUCAUCUUUAGCAGACUGCUACGAUGCGAUGGACAAUAGAACGGACAAAAGCCCAGCGACUCCGGCUAGUAACAAGCGUCCCUCUGGAAGUUCAUUUUCUGUGUCCAGCAAGAAGAGACUCACAGAAGAGUAUUACGAUCAUAGCGACACUGAGGCUCUGACACACACUUCCUCUUCGCUGUUUGACAAUAUCAAAAGUUCGCGUCACGCUUCGGACGAGGAUUCUGGGGUUGAAGAAACUUUUUAUGAGGAUAUUUCUGACAAAGACUCUUCGAGUGAGAGUGACGCCCUGGCAUGGCUUUUCGAAGAUCAUAGUCCUUUCAAGGACAAACGCGGAGAUCACGAUGACUCUACCCCGUCCACGAUUAGCACACCUGGUGGCGGCGUAGAUCUGGAUAGUUAUGCUCCAACUAUCUCCGACUCCAAAUGGUUCUACCCGUCAAGCAAACAAUCCUCUUCCGCAGAAUUCGCAAGUUCCUACUUCGCCGUCUGGCGUAGGCCCUCUGCUGCGUCCACCAUCAAGUCCAUAUCCCCCGACCCCGGGCCUGGGCGCGUUUACGAGCCCAGAUAG